UAUCGUGCUAUCGUUAUCGACGAUAGUGCGGCCAUUAUUUUGCUAUUGUGUGUGGGUCAAUCACUAAAAAGGAAAAACAGACAAAUUGUUGAGUGAAAAUGAGCACACCCACAAAAUCCAAUGGGACCGGCCUCGAGGACGUCAACAUACCCGGCCAGGCAUUUCUACGAGAGGCGCUCACCUCCUGCACUGAUCCCCUGAAAGCCAUCGAAAGUUUUCAGCUGGAGAAUGGCGUGCUAUUGCCGUCGUUGCGUCCCAUGCUACCGCUGUUGGAUCUGCACGGUGUGCGUCGCCUCGAUUUUCACACUUCUCUGAUGGAAGAGCUCCGCGACAAACUCAUCGCACACAUUAACGAUUUGGGCCAAAAAGAGCCGCGUGAACGUGACAAAAAGUUGAAGGAACUGCUGGUCAAGAGCUUUCCCGUGGUCCGUGUGAAGGCAUUGCGCCCCGUGGUGAUGGCCAUACUGCGCAACACCCAGCACAUCGAUGACAAAUAUCUGCGCAUAUUAGUGCGCGAUCGUGAGCUUUAUGCGGACACCGAUACGGAAGUGAAGCGUCAGAUAUGGCGCGACAAUCAAUCGUUAUUUGGCGACGAAGUGUCGCCGCUGCUCUCGCAAUAUAUACGCGAAAAGGAGCACAUUCUGUUCGAGCACAGCAAUCUGAACAAUCUGUUCUUUCAGCCCACACCGAAAGUGCGGCGCCAGGGCGAAGUAGUCCAGAAGUUGGCCAACAUGAUUGGCACUAGUGUAAAGCUCUACGAUAUGGUGCUGCAGUUUCUCCGUACACUCUUCCUGCGCACUCGCAACGUGCACUAUUGCACACUGCGUGCCGAGCUCUUGAUGGCGUUGCACGAUCUGGAGGUGCAGGAGAUCAUCUCCAUUGAUCCGUGUCACAAGUUCACCUGGUGCUUGGACGCUUGCAUACGUGAGAAGAAUGUCGACAUCAAACGGUCGCGUGAACUGCUCGGUUUCCUCGAUAACAUCAAGCGUGGCCAGGAGCAAGUCUUGGGCGAUCUGUCGAUGACACUCUGCGAUCCGUAUGCGAUCAACUUUCUGGCCACGUCGGCCAUCAAAAUACUACAGCAUUUGAUCAAUAACGAAGGCAUGCCGCGUGACAAUCAGAUCCUGAUACUGCUGCUGCGUAUGCUCGCCUUGGGCUUGAGCGCUUGGGUCAUGAUCGAUUCGCAGGACUUUAAGGAGCCCAAACUCGAUUGCCAGGUGGUCACCAAGUUUCUGCCAGCCCUCAUGUCGCUCAUGGUGGACGAUCAGUGUCGCCAGCUAAGCGGCAAACUGCCGCCCGAUGAACGCGAGUCAGCAUUGACGACCAUUGAGCAUUCGGGUCCAGCGCCCGAUGCUGUCGAAGCUUACAUACAGGAGAGCGCUGUGUCCAGCAUUUUAGCCAUGUAUUAUACACUGCACUCGGCACGCGCCAAGGAUCGCAUGGGACUGUUGCGUGUGCUGGCUAUUUUGGCCAAUUGUAAAGACGAUCGCGCCUAUGAGGAUCCGUUUUUACACUCGCUGAUCGCAUUACUCAUUCCCAUGAGCGAUGAGUUUGCCACAGAAGACUUUUGCACCACGCUCUUUGAUGAGUUCAUAUUCGCGGGACUGCAACGCGAGAAUGUCACCUCACGCCACAUGCUAAAGCUCUUGUGGUAUGUGCAUCACAAGUUGCCACCUGGACGUCUCGGCACCUUGAUGAAGGCCAUGCAACCGACGGCCGCGCAUAACGAGCACACACACAAGCUGUACGAAUCACUGCAGGAGCGCAUUGGCAGCGCACAGCCACCGGGUGCUUUAGAUGCAGCAGCCGCUGCUGCAGCGGGAGCUGUACUCGAUGCUGCCACGACGCCAGUUACCAGCAUGAACAGUCCAGCGGACUUUGAUUCGCCGCUAAAGAGCGCCACAUCACCGGUUGUUGGCUCCAUGUCGCCAUCGAUGUCACCCUCGAUGUCCAUGUCGAUGUCGCCAUCGCCGCACUACAGCGCACCAUAGUUUGAUCAGCCAGGGGGGAGGGAUAUGGAUUUAGUUAAGCAAAAAGUCCAAAAAGGAAUGCACAACAUCAUUCCCACUACAGUAAAAAUACAUAUUGUUAACUCGUAUAGUUAUGCGUUGACACACAAUUUAAACACACUCUACACUUAAUAAUGUAUACAACUAUCGCAUACUAUUCGCGUAUUAUAAUAUAACUAUAGUCUUAAGUGCGUACAUAACCUCAUUUAAUAUAUAAAAUAAAACAAGAACUAUUCGAUAUCUAGAGCGUAUCUCUC